GAGUGUAUGGUUUCACUUUCUCUCUCCAAAAGCAGAUUAGAAUUUAAGAGAGAGAAACACUAACACCCACCUUCACACCCACACACCCCCAUACCCUUUUUCCUUUCAUUUCCUCACCCUCUCAAUUUCCCUCUCGAUUCCAUCGCCUUUACUUUCGAUCCUUUUUCCUACAACAGAACCUUAUUCCUCUCUUUCUCUUUCUUUUCUUUCUCUCUUUCUUAAAUUCUCUUCGUUUUCUUCCAUUUUUCACAUUUUCUUCUCCCUGAUGCGCAGUGGUUUCUCCAACUAAAUUGUUGGAUUUAUUCAUAACUCUAUUUGCUAGCUGGGGCCUAGCCCCAAACAUUAAAGGGAAAGGAAAGAAACAAAAAGCUAGAAGCCUCUAGGUUCUGUUUGUGUUUCGAAAAUGGCAAAAGGAAGCAGAGGACGAUACAGGGUUGCUUCGCGUCAGUACAGGCUGACUCCAUACCCACUGGCUCGAUGCAAAAGGGGUAUCUGUGAGGAAAUGUGCCAAAAGAAAUGCUCUAAAGCAUUGGAUAAGAAAGAGUGCGAAGAUGUAACAUGUUCUGUGUGCAUGGAAUAUCCACACAAUGCCGUUCUUCUUCUCUGUUCUUCUCACGACAAGGGCUGCCGUCCCUAUAUGUGCGGAACUAGCCUUCGUCAUUCCAACUGCCUUGAUCAGUACAAGAAAGCUUACACCAAAGUAAUUUCAGCACGUAAUGGACAGAACGUUCUGGGCAGUCCAUUUGUGCGCCAUGAUUUGAACUUAACUGAUGAGAAGAACGAAGUUACUGAACUUGCUUGCCCCUUAUGUAGGGGUCAGGUUAAAGGUUGGACAGUUGUGGAGCCUGUGCGAGACUAUCUCAACGAAAAGCAAAGAAGCUGCAUGCAGGAAGACUGCUCGUUUGUCGGGAGCUAUAAGGAGUUGAAGAAGCAUGUGCGGGCAGAACAUCCUUUGGCACGUCCACGGACAGUAGAUCCUGAUGAUGAGCAGAAAUGGAGAUGGCUUGAGUGGGAGCGUGAACGUGAAGAUGUUAUCAGCACAGUGACAUCAGCCAUGCCCGGGGCAGUGGUUUUUGGAGAUUAUGUUAUAGAAGGUCGCCAUAAUAAUGACUUUGAUUCAGAUGAUGAGGGUGCUCUUGAAGCGGGUAAUGGAGAAAGAAGUGGUAGAUUUCAGAUGGGUAUGGAGGCUAUGAAUUUCUUCCUCCUGUUACACGCGGUUCGGCAGGGGAAUGAUAUCAACAGCAUAAGUAGACGGCUGAGGCCUGAGCUGGCCCCUAACAGGCUAGCCGAUCAGAACGAGGACAAUGAGCUGGAUGUCAUACUGGAUGUCUCGGAUGACGACAAUGAUGAUGGAAGCUACAAUGAAGUCAAUGAUGAUGGUGUAUCCCUGGUUAGUCGGCUUCGCAGACAAGGUGGUGGAAGAGUUCUGUUGAACCGUUCAGGCAGGAGGCGCAGGCGUAGAGAAGCAAACGCAACGAUGGAAGGAAGUUGAUGAUUAUGCGCAGGAGGUUGGAAAGGGGCAAGUUUCUUAGGUAUAUAUUAGUUCAGAAAAUUCAGCACAGCCAUUAGUGGUGGCUUAAAUAACUAUUUGAAGGGUUUUUCAUUCUCAAGAAGAAAGAAAAAUCAAAAGAUGGGCAUUUUUAUUUGUUGUAAUUUGUCUUUCAUGUACAUGUACAUUCCUUACCUUCCUCCUUUAGUCUUAUUGCUUUUGCACAUUAUAAUGUGAAUUUCACUUAUGUAAACAUUUGAUUGUAUGAAAAUCUUCGGCAAAAAUUUGAUUGCCAUGAAA